UAAACUUCAAUGUAAUUUACCCAAAAAGAACAGAAGGAAAAGCACAGCGUUAGCAGUUUUGAGUGUUUGACAUUUGACUACUUCACAAGUUCUAAUUUGCAGAGAUGGAGGAAACGAUACCGUUUAAGAAUCUCCAUAGCAGAGAGUAUCAAGGUCACAAAAAGAAGGUUCACUCAGUGGCAUGGAAUUGCACUGGAACUAAGCUUGCUUCAGGUUCUGUUGAUCAAACUGCUCGUGUUUGGCACAUUGAUCUUCAUGGCCAUGGUAAAAUUAAGGAUAUUGAAUUGAAGGGGCAUGCAGAUAGUGUGGAUCAGCUUUGUUGGGAUCCUAAGCAUGCUGAUUUAAUUGCAACUGCUUCCGGUGACAAGACUGUCCGUUUAUGGGAUGCUCGUAGUGGGAAGUGCUCACAGCAAACAGAACUUAGUGGGGAGAAUAUAAACAUCACCUACAGGCCUGAUGGCACUCAUGUUGCUGUUGGUAAUAGGGAUGAUGAGCUAACUAUACUGGAUGUUCGAAAAUUUAAGCCAAUUCAUAGGAGGAAGUUCAAUUAUGAGGUAAAUGAGAUUGCUUGGAACAUGACAGGGGAGAUGUUCCUUUUGACUACUGGGAAUGGUACUGUUGAAGUACUAUCAUACCCAUCUCUUCAACCACUUGAAACUGUCAUGGCUCAUACAGCUGGUUGCUACUGCAUUGCAAUUGAUCCAAAAGGAAGAUAUUUUGCUGUUGGAAGUGCUGAUUCCUUAGUCAGCCUUUGGGAUAUCUCAGAAAUGCUUUGCGUGCGAACAUUUACGAAACUUGAAUGGCCUGUCCGGACAAUAAGCUUCAAUCACACAGGAGAUUUUAUUGCUUCUGCCAGUGAAGACUUAUUCAUAGAUAUUUCCAAUGUCCAUACUGGGCGAUCAGUGCAUCAAAUCCCAUGCCGUGCUGCCAUGAACAGUGUGGAGUGGAACCCCAAGUACAAUUUACUUGCUUAUGCUGGGGAUGACAAGAACAAAUAUCAGACUGAUGAAGGUGUUUUUCGAAUAUUUGGCUUUGAGAGCGCCUGAAUUAUAUUAGUGAAGAAGCACAUUGUUGUAUACUGCCUACAUUUUUGGGAUUCUUCAAGAUUGCUGUAUUCCCAGUUAAAUUUUGGAUAUGUUGACCUUGGAUUCAUGCAACUGUAGUGAUCUCAAUAGUAUGCUUUUCUUUACGCCUCUAAA